GGAGAACAUAUUGAAGACAGCGAAGGCUUUGGUGGAGGACACUAAGAUGUUGGUGUCUGGAGCAGCAUCCGGUCAGGACAAACUAGCCCAAGCUGCCCAGUCCUCAGCUAAGACCAUCACACAGCUCACUGACGUGGUCAAACUGGGUGCCGCCAGCAUCGGCUCUGACGACCCAGAGACACAGGUGGUUCUGAUCAACGCUGUGAAAGACGUGGCCAAGGCCCUGGCUGAGCUCAUAGGAGCCACUAAGUGUGCUGCGGGCAAGGCUGCAGACGACCCAUCCAUGUACCAGCUGAAGAGUGCUGCCAAGUUGUCCCCCAGAGACAUGGCAGAAGUGAACGGGAUGCCUCCUCAGUCUGAUAUGUGCAUAAAGGGUGUUCUGGUGAUGGUGACCAACGUGACGUCCCUGCUGAAGACGGUGAAGGCUGUGGAGGACGAGGCCACGCGGGGGACCAGAGCCCUGGAGGCCACCAUUGAAUGUAUUAAACAGGAACUCACGGUGUUCCAGUCUAAAGACGUCCCGGAGAAGUCGACCACGCCUGAAGAGUUCAUCCGCAUGACCAAGGGCAUCACCACGGCAACAGCCAAAGCAGUGGCGGCUGGGAACUCUGCACGACAGGAGGAUGUGAUCUCCACAGCUAACCUGAGUCGCAAGGCCAUCUUCGACAUGCUGACCACAUGCAAGCAAGCAGCUUACCACCAGGAGGUGAACAAGGACGUACGGAGCAGAGCACUGCUCUACGGGACAGAGUGCACCACAGGUUACAUUGACCUACUGGAGCAUGUGCUGCUGGUCCUCCAGGGGCCUACAGCAGAGCAGAAGCAGCAGCUGGUGUUCUACUCUAAACGUGUUGCUGGGGCUGUUACUGAACUCAUCCAGACUGCUGAGGCCAUGAAAGAUGGAGGCACAGAGUGGGUGGACCCAGAGGACCCCACAGUGAUAGCAGAGACGGAGCUGUUGGGGGCGGCAGCGUCCAUCGAAGCAGCAGCUAAGAAACUGGAGCAGCUGAAACCCAGAGCCAAGCCCAAGCAAGCAGAUGAAACGCUGGACUUUGAGGAGCAGAUCCUGGAAGCAGCUAAGUCCAUCGCUGCGGCCACCAGUGCCCUGGUCAAGUCUGCCUCAGCUGCCCAGAGAGAGCUGGUGGCUCAGGGCAAGGUGGGCUCCAUUCCAGCUAACGCAGUGGAUGAUGGUCAGUGGUCCCAGGGCCUCAUCUCAGCGGCCCGGAUGGUAGCAGCAGCCACCAGUAACCUGUGUGAGGCAGCUAAUGCCUCGGUCCAGGGCCAAGCCAGCGAGGAGAAGCUGAUCUCGUCAGCCAAGCAGGUGGCAGCCUCCACAGCCCAGCUCCUAGUGGCCUGUAAGGUUAAAGCUGACCAGGACUCUGAGGCCAUGAGGAGACUGCAGGCUGCUGGUAACGCAGUAAAGAGGGCGUCGGACAACCUGGUCCGAGCGGCCCAGAAAGCUGCGUUCCACAAGGCAGACGAUGACAACGUGGUGGUCAAGACCAAGUUUGUGGGAGGAAUCGCUCAGAUCAUAGCAGCCCAGGAGGAGAUGCUAAGGAAGGAGAGAGAGCUGGAGGAGGCCAGGAAGAAGCUGGCUCAGAUCAGACAGCAGCAGUACAAGUUCUUACCCAGUGAACUACGAGAGAACGAGAACUGAGCUAUACCCUGCUGCAUUGCCAUGCUGCCGCUGUGUGUGUGUGUGUAUGUAGUAUGUUACCACACACACGAGCGGUGGCGCAAAUUGACUUUCUCAGUGUGCAACAAGGUUAAGUUGGCCUUUUAAUGUGCCCUCUCAACCAGUGGGGUCAAGCCCAGAAUGGGACAUGGAUAGCCACUGUCUACUACACCUGCAGGGGUCUUUAACUACCAGGAGUUGUCUACUACCACUAUGACUUGGCUUGUAACGGUCUAUUACUCUGCUUUACCUGCCAGUUAACCUACACCGGAAAAAAGUAUUCUCUAGAAGCAAUGGAUUUGUAACAGGUGAACAAGCUGAAAAAUGUGCAUCAUAAAAGUUUGAAUGUUUUUCUCUAUGGAGCUAUACUUUUGAUGUGAUUAGAUACUAGUGUUGACAUUGAAUCUCCAAACUAAGGGGAAAUUUCUAGAUGUUAGUCUGGUCUUAACCUUUUGGCCGGACUUUCUUUCAUAAAGGAAGAAGAGUGUGAUAUGUUAGGUACAUACACUACAUUAGGCAUUUACACACACAUUGCUAUUCAUUUCCUUUUUUAUGAGACAAGUGAGAAAUUAAAGCAUUUCCUAGAUAUUACUAGUGUCUGAAAUUCCACACUUGGGUGAUUUGACACUUAUGUCACCUUGUGGUCUAUAAAUAUAUCUCCUCCUUGUCAGACAGCAAGUAAUUCAGACAGUUGAGGUAUUUGGAGCGUAUUGAAGAAUAGCUUAUGGAUCUUAUUUCAUGGAAGCAAUUUUUGUUGCAUUGACCGUUCGGCUUUGCGUAGACACUUUUAAAUAAUCCUUGUUUAGAUGUGCUCUUGACACUGUAGAUUGAAAUGUGCCUAGUGAAGAUAAACGCUUAAAUUUGCUUCUAAUUGCUAGAGACCUCUUUACAACCAACCUCUUAUGAUCCAUUACAAUCUAGUACUUUAUUAUUUCUGUGAUUUGGAGGCGAAGUUACUACAGAAUAACAUUUUUAGCAAGUUAAAAUACUCUGACAUUUACAAUAAGCUUAACUAGUCUCAUCCCUUCCACUACUACAGAUCUCCUAGCCCUGCAUAACCUGGACUGUGGACAGUCAGUUAACUGGCUUCCUUCUACUAUUCUCAUUAGUUUACAGUUGAUAUUGAGCCAUACAGCUGGAACUGAUGUUCAUGAAGCAAUACUAUGAAGGCGCUGUAGGGGGCAGUGUUGGUGUCCUCACAGCCUCCUGACAUGCAAUGUAAUGAAGUAACCUCUUGCUUGAUCUUUUCAAACACUACAAACACUGCACCUCUGAAAACCGUUCAGAUACUGUAAGACAAACCACUAAUGUAGGAAACAACUGCUGGUCUUGAAAAUGUAUUACGAUAUAAGUAGGAGUUUAAAAAAAACAUCCAGGCAAUCUGAAAAGAUUCUCAUUGAUAAAUCGUGAUUUUUCUACAACUCAUAAUGCAAGCUGAAAUGGACGGCUCUGAUAUUGUAACACCCCAGACCUCUUGAAUGAAUGUGAAGCAGUAAAUCUUUGUUGACUAUACACAAUGUACUGUGCUUCUGAUGGUUACCCCUGCUGUCUUACACGGGGCAGAGUCCCCCAUCCCUCCAUAGGGGCCUGUUGGACCACUACAGUGGAUCACGUCCUGUUGUUGUUCACCUGUUGAAUCCGUCUCACUCUUACUCUAAUGGUGCUUUGUGUAACUGUAGUGGGAAGUGCUACUAUUGCAGUAUAUUUACCUUCUGUUUGCCAGGCUUGUGUUCAUUAUGCACCGAAAGGAGGAAAUCGGAGGAGGGAUUACCUAGAAUUGUCCAAUAGAACAACAAAGAAAUCCUAAUGAACACAACCCGGUUUGGUUCUAGCGUUUGGUUUUACUAGUUUUAUGGACAGUCAGUGAGUGUCGGUUAGCAAACAAAUCAUUAUUGUGAGGUAAAGGUCUGCUCUUGCGUGUCAGUCAUAUGCAUGGCUUCUGGGUUCUAUUAUUUUUGUAACAGAAAAUACAUCUACACGACGCACUGAAUGCUAUUGGUAUUCUGAACUGCACAUAAGGACAAUAACCCCUAACAAACUGCAAACGGUCCAUGUUAAACAUGUUUUACUCCGUAUUGAUGUGUAACAGUAGGCUCUACAGUUCAAACGCUGGUACAGUUCUGUCAGAGUUCACACAUCUGGUCGUUGUAGUAUUAUGUCAUUAGUGCCUUAGUCUCUAGCUCAUACAGCGUCUGGUCUGCUUGUGACAACUUAUCUAGCUGGAUAAAGGUGGAUAAAAGUGUGGUCAGUAUGAAUGAGUAGGGCCUUGAGUUGUUCCUGUCAUAGCCUAUUACCAAUACUUUUAGGUCCCAUAGAGAUGAAAAACACGGCCUCACAGGUACUACUGCGUUGUCCUAUAAACUGUACCUCUGUCCCCAUCUUUCUGCCUGAUGCACCCAUGGCCUUGAGGGCAGAGACGAAUGUGUCGCUGUGUAAAAAGUACCAUCACUAUAUGUAUAUGAUAUAUAUGAAGACAACACAUUUUUGUACUGCAUUCCAUGGGCAUGUAUCAAGAUGCUUCUGAACUCUAUGACAGAAUGGAGUCUGUCGUUCGGUUAUUGUAUGUUACAAGUAAAUCAUAGGAUUCACACACUCCGGACAAUAGGUCUGUACUCUGCUGUCUCACAAAAGUUUUAUGGAUUGUUUUUUUUUUUCUCUCUCUUUUAAGCCACGAGGAAUCGUUUUUUUAAGGAUAAAUGUGAUAAUGAUAUUAAGAUGUAUAGCUGUCACUGUUAAUGUAGUGUGACACAUUUCAAUGGUAGGGAGAAACUGUUCAUACCUGUGUGUUUGUCCCAUAAUGAAUUCAAUGAUAAUUAAAGUGCAGUUCUACAAGAAAGAUAGAUAUGAAGUGACAAUGACCUACAGUAUGGAAACUAUUUAUCUGGCCACAAGAAAACAUAUUUUUUUUGUAUUCACUGAAAAUAAAGGUUUCAAAGUAA